AUGCUGCCAAUAGCUAUAUGGGACGGGUUAUGCAACUAUUGGCAGUGUAUCUUGGAGCCUCAGAAGUCUCAGCAUGUUGAAAGAUAUUGUAAGAAACUUUGGAUUGGGCUUGUGCUGGUGAAAAUUUUCACCCCAAUUGUUGGUUAUGUUGUAUGGGUGACGGUACGAGAAUGCCUGUCAUCUGCUUUGUGUGCAUAUAAUGGGUACCGUUCCUUGGAGUUUGCCAUCCCAAGAGCUUUGUGUCGUGGAUCCGCCGCAUCAGUUGGUUUCAGAUUUCUUUGGUCCAAGAAUUUGAUGGGGCAAGGAGUUAGCAUUGGGAUUCGGAGUUCAACCAAUGAAUGCGUCUGCAAGGUUGAUAUUAAGCCUUGGUUAUUUACUCCAAGAAAAGGGUUCAGAAGUUCAGAGGCCAAUUCCACUGCAAUUGACAUAUAUUGGGAUUUUUCAUCCGCAAAAUUUGGUUUUGGCCCGGAACCGCUAGAGGGGUUCUAUUUAGCUGUUGCAUUUAACCAAGAACUUGUCCUGCUCCUCGGGGAUUUGCAAAAGGAAGUGUAUAAGAAAAUAGGUCCUAGCCCUGUUGAAUCUAAUACGGUGUUUAUUGCCAAAAGAGAGCACAUCUUUGGGAAGAGAGUAUACACUACAAAGGCUCAAUUCUGUGACCACGGGCCGAUACAUGACAUCGAAAUUGAGUGCGAUACUGGGGGGAUUAACGAUCCAUCUCUGGCCAUCAGCGUGGAUAGCAGAGCGGUGUUGCAGGUGAAGCGGCUGCGGUGGAAGUUCAGGGGGAACCAGACUAUUUUGGUGGAUGGACUGCCGGUGGAAGUGUACUGGGAUGUUCACAGGUGGUUCUUAGGGAAUGUUAUGGGCAAUGCUGUUUUCCUGUUUCAAACCUGUCUCUCGGCCGAGAUGCUGCGAAACAGAGGGUUUUCUUAUUCUUUUUCCCCAAAACAGCAGCUGUACAAAAUUAUUGAUGCUGGAGUUAGACCGGCCGGGUGCCUUUUGGUUCCGAAUUUUAGAGAAUAA